AUGACCAAGAGAUACUUGCUAUGGAUGUUGUGCAAAGCAGUGUACAAGGUGCUUCACCCUGUACAAAGUGAGAAGAAGGGCUUGAAUCUGGUUGGAAGGAGGUCCAGUAUAGUUGGCUCAUACCUUUGGUUGGCUAGGUGGCACAUUUUGGGACUUUUGGCCCCGGACCCAUUGAGAGAUACAUGGGACGAGGUUGAUCCAGAUGAACUAUCUUAUGAGGAAUUGCUUGCAUUGGGUGACAUAGUUGGAACUGAGAGCAGGGGCCUUUCUGCUGCUACAAUUGCUUCUUUGCCUUCAGAGAAUUAUAAGUCACAACACACAGAAGUUGGAAGCAGUGAUUUCUGUGUUAUUUGCCGAUUGGACUAUGAGGAUGGUGACACCUUGACUGUGGACAGUUCAUUUGAGUUUUGCUCAACUCUUGUAUCUGUUACAUGGAAUUUGAACAAUACAUGGUUGGGGAAGCAACUUUGUAUAGGUUUUGAACUCGAACGUUUCACUUCCUGCUGGGGAAGCACUGUGGCUGAUUUUGUUCAGAGACAGGUCUGCCCUGUUUGCAGUGCCGAGGUCUCUGUAUAUGGAAACAGCUAG